AUGAAGAAAGACGCGCAAGAGGAAGAAACACUGAUGGUUGAUCAAGAGGAUGAGGUGAUGAUGGAGUCGUCCACUCUUCUGAGCGAUGAUUCUCUAGCCUCUGAAUCUACUACGAAUCAUCAACCCAUCACAACAGGUAGUAGUGCUUCAAGACAAUGGCAAAAAGACUCUUCAGCACAACCACUCAUCGCAGGCUACUCGAUUUGUGUCGGAAUCACUACUCGUGAUGAAUCAUUACCAGUCUAUGACACACCCAGUAAGAUGUACAGCAGCUUGCGAUAUAAACUCCAUUACAAGUGCACAGUGAAUGCCGAGCAAGUCUCUCCAUUCCCCAAAUUACUCAUGUGCAGAAUUACUGUCAUUGAUGAUGAAAGUGGUAAGGAAAUUAAGAAGGACAAUAAGCCUAUUGUAGACGACUCUCUCAUCUCUCUCAAGAACACAUCCAGUGGAAAUGUUGGAAUUUAUGAAGCAAACCACAAGAUCAAAUUCAAGAGUGUCAGUUUCCAUCAUAAUAAGAGCAAAUGGAGACUCUUGUUGCAAUUGUUCAGUGAUAGCAAUCACAGCAUUAACACACCAGUAUAUACCAUGAAAAGUGGAUGUUUUCAUGUAUAUGCUCGUAGACCUAAAGUAUCUGAAAGAGAUGCUUCGAAUGGUUUACUCUCAUCUGGCAGUGAGGUUGCUACUAAUACGACGACAACGAACACGACGACAACCACCACGAAAGAAGAAAAGAGAAGGAAAAAUACCGAAGUCAAGAAACGAAAGAGAUCAUCUCGUGUGAAACGUGAAGAAGAAGAAGAAGAAGACGAUGAAGAAGAAAAGUCGAAUUCGUGUCCUCUGAACGUGAGUCAUGAUGCUCCAUCAUGCACAGAAGAGACUUCUUCUUUACACAAAAAAGUCAAGCUUAUGGAAAACUUUAAAAAGACUCUUGACUUGUUACUCAAGUAUCACUCUGAAAUGGAUGAUGAAGAUAAGGUUACUGGAUUUGGAUUAAUUCAACAAAAGAUGUAUCACCACUUUUAUGGUCCAAUUCCUUCAGACUUAAUGUCCUCAAUGAUUCCUGUUCAAUCUAUUAUGCCAUCCUCCUCUGAAGAGAAUUCUACAGAAUCCACCACAUUGCAAUGUGGUUCCGCUGAUGAUCUAUUCAACUCGUCUGCACUAUUCUCAGAGAGUCAUGCAACAACGACGUUCCUAGAGAGCAACACGACAGACAUUCCAGAGACAAGCAAUGAAGUGAAUCACUGCUCGUCGUCCUUUGAAAUGGAUUAUUUUGCUCCCUCAAUGAGCGAAGAUUUCACAGCAUUUAUCUAA